CGACUAAUGACGACACACGGGAGGAGGUGCAGUUUUGCCACGUCGGUGAACGGCACUAACGCGUUUACACUGUUGCUCCUGGAGCCCCGGAACAACUUUUUGGGCCGUUUUAUGCUUUUAUGUGAUAAGAAGGCAAACUCCGGCGUGUCUGGGCCUGUCUUAAAUUUCAGUCCCACCAGUCCAGUGUUGGAUAUUGAAGCUGGAAGGCGCAGAAAUGCUCGCUGUUAUCUGGAUUCGUCACACAACUGACUGAUGCAUCUUGGUUCCUGCCCGCAUGCUGCUGUCGAUGUGCUUGUAGAACCUCCAGGUGUCUGACUGGAUCAGCUGUGAGAGCAGGCAGCUGUGGGUGUCCUGUUGGAUCAAUAUUGGGGUGCUGUUUAGGUGAAGACCACAAACAGUCACUGGAUGACUUUCAUGGCUUGAAAUUUCAUGGUGGCUUUUUGAGACGAGCAGUAGCUGGCGACCAUGCCAGGAGGCCGCAGGGGUCCAAGCAGACAGCAGCUCAGUCGCUCCGCUCUGCCGUCCCUGCAGACCCUGGUUGGAGGCAGUGUCAGCAAUGGCACAGGUCUCAGGAAUAGGGGCAGCAACUCUGUAGGUCUGUCGGCCCCGCCUCUUUCAGCCCUCAUCACUCCUGAGCCGGUCCGUCACUCGCGGAUCCCUGAGCUGCCGUUGGACAGCAGCCUGCUGUUUGAGUUCCUGCUCUUUCUCUAUUUGCUGGUUGCUUUGUUCGUCCAGUACAUCAACAUCUACAGGACAGUGUGGUGGUACCCGUACAGCCACCCUGCUGCCUCUACCUCGCUUAAUUUCCAUUUAAUGGACUACCACCUGGCUAUCUUCAUCACUGUCAUGUUGGCCAGACGGCUCGUUUGGACAAUUGUUUCAGAGGUGUCUCAGAGCAGCGGGGGAUCGUUGCUGCGCUACGUGGUACUUAUCGCAGCCCGGCUCAGUUUGCUGACCCUGUGUGGCUGGGUGCUCUGCUGGACGCUGGUCAACCUGUGCAAGAACCACUCGGUGCUGAACCUUCUCUUCCUGGGAUACCCGUUCGGCGUGUAUGUCCCCCUCUGCUGUUUCCAUCAGGAAGGAGGAAAAAGCCAGGCGGUGGCGGCGGCAGCUGAAUGCGAUUACCAAGGGGACCACCAGCAGGCCGAUCUGGCAGAGUCUCCGUUUCUUCGGCCGCGAGACUUCCUCUUCCUGCUGCGUGAAAACCUCAGAGAACAGUUUUCCAGCCCCCCACACAUGCCCACCCACACCUGCCCGCCACAUACGCACUCGGACACACCCGAGCUGAUCCGAGCAGAGGUGGAGGAGCUCAAGAGCGACUUUAACCGGCGAAUCAAAGAAGUGCUGUUCAACUCUCUGUUCAGUGCCUACUAUGUAGCAUUCCUGCCCCUCUGCUUCGUUAAGAGUACUCAGUACUACGACAUGCGCUGGUCAUGCGAACACCUGAUCAUGGUGUGGAUCAAUGCGUUCGUGAUGUUGAUGAGCCAGCUGCUGCCCCCCAGCUACUGUGACCUGCUCCAUCGCUCUGCAGCUCACCUCGGCCGCUGGCAGAAGCUGGAGCACGGGUCAUACAGUAACGCCCCCCAGCAUGUGUGGUCAGAGAGCACCGUCUGGCCUCAGGGGGUCUUGGUACGACACAGUCGAUGUCUGUAUAAAGCGGUUGGACCCUAUAAUGUGGCCCUGCCCUCUGAUGUCUCUCAUGCAAGGUUUUAUUUCUUGUUUCACAAACCAUUGCGGAUCCUGAACCUGCUGAUCUGGAUUGAGUCCAGCGUCGUUUUAUAUCAGUUAUACUCUCUAUUGCGCUCUGAGCGCUGGAACCACACGUUGUCUCUGGGCCUUAUUCUUUUCUGCAACUACUAUGUGCUUUUUAAACUACUCCGAGACCGCAUCGUGCUGGGAAAAGCCUACGCCUACCCUCUGCCCUCCAACAGUUUGGGGCUGAAGUCCCAGUAGAGAAUCUGCGUGUGGACACCAGUUCCAAGCUCUGGAUUGGAAAAGGAGGAGGAGGUGGAAGACAGACUGUGAACUCAUAAUUGUGUUUUGAUACGGUUCUAUUUUUAAUGCAAUGUUUAUAUUUACCUAUUUAAAAGAAUAGUUUUAUUUUGUAUACGAUUUUGUGUUACACCGGGCAUUACCACGCGGACAACAUAAGCAUGUUGUUUUACGCUGUUUCUAGGCGACAGGGAAGCCGAGGAAUGCCUGGGGGUGACUCUCACCAAAGAUAUUUUAAGUACAUGUGGCCAAUCACAGAGCAGACUUGGCCGAGGAUUGUCUGCAAAACCAGACGAGCUACUCUGAACAGAGGAAGAAGUUGGGCUUGAAAUCCUGAUAGUUUGAAGCUCGAGGCACUCACUGAACAGAGUUGUCGGCAGUUUGAUAAUCACCUGUUUUGAUUGGAUACGAUGGAAACAGUGGCUGAAUCUGCCUUCUUUCUCUAUAAAGCCAAUUUUUUUCUUUUUCAGUUUAAUUCUAACUGAAGCGUGAGAACAUUUGUUUGUUCAACUUGACAAAUUUGACUUUUUUUUUUUUUUUAAGUAAAAUUUUUUUUUGUGGGAAAGAGUCUCGGCAUCACCAGGAGGAGACGUUGGGUUCAAGGUGGUCUGUCUGCUUACGGUACUUUGGUGUCCCACAGGAAACGCUGCAUCCCCUCUGCAUAUUUAUCCGUAUCUGCUCGUUCAAAGUCAUCGCAGAUGACGAAGUACAGUUACAGCCUCGGUUAACAAGCAUCCCCAAACUGAAAGCAUACUAAACAUCUGGCAGGUUAUUACACUUUUCUUCAUGUUAUGACAAACCAGUUUACUCUUCUGCGCCCUUUAGGUUAAUCCGUAUAAAGAGGUUAUAGGCAGCCAGUUGGAAAGACUGUCACAGCAUUACUGGCUCAAGUAUUCUCAGUUACUGAAACGGUGUUACAGACGAGUUGCGUUUCACUUUGUGAAAAUCCUCCUAAUAUCCAGUUGAUUGUGUGUUGGAUCCUGCCUGCUGCUGCAGUCGGUGGGAUUGAUGACUAGCUGACAGCUACCAACCCAGUAUGAGCCCAAAAAUGUGUUUAAAUCAUCUUACAUGUGAAAAGCAACACUGCUGCUGCUGAAAUGUACACAUUUGACACAUUUUCUUUUUUUCUUACCCCCAAAAAAACAAAAUGUAUCUUCUCAAAUGCAUCUACACUGCUGUGGAAUGGUCUGUUCACAUUUUCAUUGUAAAUGUAGCAAGUUUUUGCCACCGAACAGUGCUGUCGAAUGGAGUUGGUGUGUUUUGUUAAAGUUGCUCUUCACUGGCCUCGUCAUAAGGUUUUUUCAUGUCUGAAUGACAGAACGGGGCAUUCCUGAGUUUGCCUUUUCCGAAAUGCUUCUGUUUUAUGUUGCCUGAAUGAUAUUUCUGUUCUGGUAGCAGAAACGGCUGAAGAAAGACACGAAUGUCAUCUGAGAAGAUUUUAAAUUCGCUAUCCUUGGUAGCUAUAAAAAAGGGUUUCGUUUUCCUUAAUGUCCCAUAAAUUGGAGAUUUAAACGAUGCAGACAAAAUGAGGCUGAUGUACUUUUUUUUUUCUUUCUUUCUUUUGGAUGUGCCAUACAGCAAGAUCCAGAUUUAAAUUGGCUGCUCCGUAUAUCGACGUUCAACAGGAUUCCGUGUCAACUUUCUCUGAAUCUUGAAAAUGUGUCCCUAUCAACACUGAAUGUCCAGGUGUAAUACAUGAGUCAAAAGAAAUAAAAUGCUUUAUUGAUCCUCAAAGGGAAAUUAAAUAUACAUGUCAAACAAGCGGAAUAAUAAAGCAUAUUGGACAUA